AUGUCUGAGCAAUCUCCAGGUAAUGAUAGUACAGCCUGUAAGCUUAUCGCAGCACUCGUUGCCCUUUCGUCUCAUCUGAUCAUACACCAAAUCGAUGUGACGUCGGCCAACUUCUCUAUCGCAUUCUACAUUCCGCUCAACAACAUUUCUGUGUACUUAACCAAGUUGUAUAGCUUGCGGUUCACCUUAAUUGUGCUAGGGACGCUCACGGAACUGGCGAUUUCCGAGUGCUCCAAGGUCAUGGACCCUGGAGACGACAUCAGGAUCCGGAGAUGGUUUAGUGUUUGGUCCUUCGCCGGGGUCUUAUUGGUGAGGAUUAUACUCAUCGUGGUCAUGUACACCACGUCCGAUCUGGCGUACUUCGUAUACAUGGUUCUAGGCGUGGAGGCGUACUUUGUCGGUCUGUUCCACACGUCCUUCAUCGGCAUUGUGCCUGAGCACUCGCUGAUCGUGGCGCUCUCCGACGACACCUCGCGUCUCCUAGUCCUCCUGCUGCAAUUCAUUUUGCGCCUGACCAUUUACGACAGACCCCUGCUCAUGAUUAAGCUGCAGAUGAUCGUGUGCGCCGCAGUGACUAUCGCAGCGCUGGCUGCUUGGAUCUUCUACCACGAGUUCGAAGUAAUCUCCACCGGGUACUUCAAGAGAAAGAAGCCUGAAAGCAAGCCGCCCACCAUGCCCUUCUUUAGAACGCUAGCGGACGCCUUCUCCCCUCUGGCGAUGAUCGUCGUCAGUUCCAUGAUAAAGGACUUCCUGUUUCCCAACCUGCUUCCCUAUGCCCUGUUGAGUAAGUUCAGGUGGAAUUUUGUGACCGUGAUGGCCUCCAUUCUCAAGUUGAUCGGCCCCAUUAUUCUUUUCAGCUUAGAACUUUAA